AACGACAUCUCUCGUUCUCUUGUUCGCGAAAACGAAUGUGCAGAUACGCCGCCUGUACCCGGAACGAGUUCGCUCGGCCUCUGAAACUCCAACGCCCGCCGUUACUAAAACUCUUACCCAAACCCUAAUUAGGUUUUCUAAUAAUCCUAUAUAUUGCUGCAGCAAUGAUGAUAAUCCUCUACUCUUGCUUCCUUGCCCCAUUCACAGUUAGAGAUCAUGGCUUCUGGCCGUUCAAUUCCAACCGUCAAUAGAAUCAGCGACUUGCCGGACUCAAUCAUCUCUCACAUUAUCUCCUUCCUUCCAAUCAAAUUCGCUGCAACCACAUGCAUUCUCUCUAAGAGAUGGAAACUGGUAUGGCUGUAUGUCCUUAUUCUCAACUUCGAUGACAAAGCAUUCAAUAACUUUGCCACGUUUCGCAAGUUUGUUUAUUCAACCAUGUUCUCCUUGCGAGAUAAAAACACUUCAAUCCAAUCCUUUACCUUAAAACUAGGCUCCUCUUGUCGCUUCCAACAAAGAGAAUUGAAUAGAAUUCUUAAAUUUGUGAUGCAAAGAGGAGUCAAGAAUCUUAACUUUGACAUGUUUGGUAGACAUUGUUAUAUCAAAUUACCUCCUCGCAUUCUUAGUUGUAAGACUCUUCAAAUUAUUAAGUUGGUCAACAUAAAAAUGUGGGAUUUUGAUCAAGUGAAUUUUCCUUGUCUCAAAAUUCUUCAUCUUGAUAGCGUUGAUUUCACAUCUCCUAAAUAUUUUGUCAAGUUUCUAUAUGGCUGCCCUAUUCUAGAAGAAUUGAAUGCAACAUCUCAUAUCUAUCAGGAAUCACUUGUUUUGGAGAACUUGAAUGCUUUACCUAAUUUGGUUAAAGUAAGGACUUAUUAUGAUAUGGAUAAUCUGAUGACUCUGGUUUGUAAGGCAAAGAUUUUGCAUAUAAGUCAGAUACAUGGGAUGACUUGGAAAACACUUCCCUUGUUUCACAAUUUGACACACAUGUUACUUGAUUCUUUUCAUAGCUCAUCACGGGAGAGGAGGGACUGCAGGUCGUUAGUAGAAAUACUCCCACAUUUUCCCAAUCUUCAAUAUUUUGAGAUUUGGUUUAAAUUUUCAAAUUUUCCGGGUAAAAUAAUUUGUUCUGAAUGUUUAAUGGUUCCACCCAAUCCCACCAUUGCUCCAGAAUGUCUUUUGUCACAGCUUAAAUCAUUUAGCAUUAAAGGGUACACAGGGAGAGAAUGCGAGUUCAACUUUGUGAAAUAUAUCAUGCAUCAUUCCAAAGUAUUAGAGACUAUGUCUGUCAGGAAGAGUACCCUGAGUACCUGCCUUGAAAAGGAACAAAUGCUUAUAAAGUUAUCUUCAUGCACAAGGAGCUCUACAAAUUGUAAACUUAUUUUUGGUUGAUGAUGAUUGUUUCGUCGUGGUUCUUUUUGAAGAAUGUUAUGGUUUGUCAUAAAAGAAAUUUCCAGAAGUAAUAUCAUAUACUUUUUCUUUGAGAGACCAAUUCACGUAAUCAAAGUACUUUUUAUUUAUUUUAUUGUGUGGUGUAAUCCGGUUGCUAAUUUUAU